GGGUGAUAUUGAGGCAGGGUAGCAGCAGCAGCAGCAGCAGCAGCCGGCUGACUCAACCUUCAGUUUCUGCUUCACUUUCAGCCGUCCUGCUUCUGUUCACCUGGCUUCAUCUGACAACAAAUGGACAGCGCUGUCUUUACCUGAGCCAUGGGAAUCAGUGGACAACAGCGCACGGUGUAGCCAGGAGGAUUCGUUGCUUUCCAGAGAAUCAUGGAGCCAGAUGUGAUCCGCAUGUACUCCUCCUCUCCGCCGCCGAUGGAGGACGGUGCAGAGGAAGAGGACAACGAGUUUGGAGACUUUGACACCUUCUCCAGCGUCCCAAACAGCAUCAGCUUCACAGAAUUCGACACUCCGACCACUUUCAACCAGAGCCAAGCUCUGACCGCCACCUCCCCGCCUGAGCUCAUCAACAGCAGAGGUGUGAGGGGCUUCAGCCACAGCUCCUCUAACGGCACCCACAGUCCCAAUAACGAGCUGUCCAAGGCUAAUGGCGUCGUGCCAGCAAGCCACCUGGGCAGCAGUCCCUCAGAAAGAACUGAGAUGAAAAAAGUCCUCUCUGGCUCUCUGGAUUUCUCGGUGAGAGACACAGCUGGUGGCGAGCCUGCUGAUUGCAACGGCGGCAGCACAGAGGUGUUAACAAACGGGUUUGCAACCUUCGAAUUUCAGGGAAGCCCUUCCUCACAGAAUUCUGUCCAUUCUCAUAUAAAAGGAACGUCCACUGAGGACACGGGCAGCUUCCCUGUCGACAGCCCAGAGGACGAUUUUGCAGACUUUGCUGCUUUUUCCAAUGCUGAAGGACACCUCAGCCAGACGGCAAGCGAGGACUUGGACAACCCCACGGGGGGCAGCUGGCUGGCGGAGGCUGCCUCCCACGACGAGCACUAUAAUAUAGAGCAGGGAACGAUUACAGAGGACAAUGUCAGGGACACAAACAGAACUGGACCCAGCACAUCCGGCUGUGAUUCCGUGUGUGUUCCUGCUGUGGCCCCGGACGACUCGUGCAACACGGACCGGGGCUCUCGCACAGACGCUGACUCUCAACAAAGGGACGUAGCCUUUGCACAGGAGCACUUUGCCUCAGAGGCAGUUUGCACUAACAAACCCGUCUCUCUGAACGGGGUGGAUGUAGCCGUCAGGGACGAUUCCAAAGACGCCACGGGCUGCAGUGAAAACGACCUCUCACCCGACGCAGCUGCAGACGGUGAGGCGGGACAGUCAGACGGGAAGGGCUCCGGCAACGAGACGGAGACGGAGACGGAGACUGAGACAUCGCUGGGCCGGCCGCUGUCAACAGACGCUCUCGAGGACUACGGUGACAUGAGCACCACGGGCUCGGUGCCCUCUCCACCUCUCCAAGGGGAGACCGCCACACCCGCAGAAUACAGCCAGCUGGCAGAGGACGAGGAGGACGAGGACUUCGGGGACUUCGGAGACGCCGGCUCUUUCAGCGGUCACGGUUUUGCCGAUUUUGACCAGCUGGAUGUCCAGCAGGAGCAGAGCAGGUCGCACAGCUCAGCCCCUGCACAGGAAGCUACAAACUCCAUGGACGAUGACUUUGGCGACUUCAACUCCCCUAAAUUUCACACAAGUAAAAACGAGGGGGAGGAUGGAGGCAGGUUUGCAGAUUUUCCCGUCAGUGACAGUUUUGGGAACUUCAGCUCAGCCGCUGAAGGCGCAGACGGUGAGGCGAAUGCAGGGUGGAGCGCCUUCGGGGAGCUAGAGCAGCAGCAGCAGGUGGAGGGGGAGUCCUGGGCGGAGUUCAGCAUGGAGCAGAGUGUCGCUCCUCCUGCAGAGAGUAGAGAGGAAGAGCAGCAGCAGGAGGAGGAGGAGUGGCAUGAAAGUGAAGCUCCUGCAGUCAGUGAGGAAACCAGCAGGACAGACAACCAGUCGGCGUCGCUGUCGAGCCGCCUGGAGAAGCUGUUUCAGAGCAGCUUCCCUCAGACCGCCGUCCCCCCGGUGGAGGAUGUGGUGGUGUCCCUGAAGAUCAUGCUGGAACCUCCAGAGGACAAACCACAGCCGGGAGCCGAGGAGCCAGAGGGGACGCCAUGCAACAGGUCUGUGCUUGGCGGUGUGUGGACGCAGCUUCAGGACAUCCACGAGGCGUUCGGCCUCAGAUACCAGUGGGGGGGCUCCUACUGCAACAAAGCACUACUCUGCAGCCUGGGCAUUGACACCCGGAAUAUUCUGUUCACAGGACAGAAGAAGCAGCCGGUCAUCGUGCCCAUGUACGCCGCCAGCCUGGGGAUGCUGGAACCAACCAAAGAGCCCGUGAAACCCGUCUCUGCAGCAGAGAUGAUCGCUUCUAUAGCCCAGACGCCUCCAGUGGCUCCAGAGAAGAGCUCCUGUCCCUCGGACACUGUCCAGCAGGAGGUGCUCCCGCCCGUCCAGUUCGACUGGAGCAGCAGUGGCCUUACCAACCCUCUGGACGCGAGCGGAGGCUCGUCUCUGUUAAACCUGGAUUUCUUUGGUCCCGUGGAGGAUUCAGGCUCCACCAUCUCGCCCUCCAUCCCAGGUGUCGACCCCGAGCUGUACGAGCUGACGACGGCCAAGCUGGACCCCGGCAGCUCCGGCAGUCGGGUGGCGGACGCCUUCGCCCGCUUGAUGUCCACCAUGGAGAAGACCAGCACCUCCACCAGGAAGCCGAGGAAAGAGGAGAAUCUGAGCGAGGAGGCGGCCAAAGUGAUCGCAGGUCUGCCGGAUCUCUCCUUCAUGCAGGCCAAGGUGCUGAUGUUUCCCGCCACGCUGACGCCGCUCGGCUGCCGGGCCACGCCAGACUGAAGCCAGGCCCCCCCAACCUCCUCUCCUCCAUCUCUCCCCUGACCCCGCCCACCCCCCACUCAGUCAACUUGGCCCUGCCUGUAAUGAAACGUCUCGGGAGCAGGUCAACUCUUCAUUUUCAGCAGAUCUCACUGACUCACUCGGUCCAUUUUAUAAAGUCGUCGUGUUAUUUUUUUUUGUUGUUUUUUUUUUGUUCUCUUGCCGCGGCUCGGCCCCUCCCUCCCCCUCAUACAUGCUUUUAUUUUAAUUUGCGCUUUUUUCUCCAACUGACAAUAAAUUUAAAAAAAAAUUAAAUCGAAGCAUUUAUCAUCACGGGAAACAGCUCGGGCGUGUGUGGUGAGGGGGACCGCCUCGGCAGGCGACCUGCACAUUUAACGGAAUAGGAGAUUAAUUAAUUUACAGAGUUGAUAAUUUAUAGAGGAAGGUUUAGGUGUGUGUGCUGUUCAUAUCUAGAAGAAUCAUCGUGUAAAUAUAAUCAGGGAUUAAAUGUUUUUUGUUUUUUUAAAUUCUGAAUGAUUUGUGGAGGAUGAUUUUACGUCUCUGUGGUUGGGGGGAGUGUUCUCGUCUGUCUGUGAAGGAAAAACACUGGCUGAAGCUCUUUUUGAAUCAAGUGGAAUAUAUGUAUGACAAGUUUAAUUUAAUACGUUUAUAUACAUAAUAUAAAAAUAUAUUUAUCGACUUGAAACCACACUGCCUGCAAAAUCCAGCUGAAUGUUUUGUGUCCCCCUUGUUGCCUUAGUUUUUACCUGCAGUUGCUGUAGAUUUUAACCUGAUUUUUCUUUUUGUAAUUUAAUUUAGCUUUUUAACAUAAAUUAUGUCCAGCCCCCCCUCCCCCGUCUCUAGAACGCAGGAUGACUCUUACUUUUUUAUUCUUUAAGUUUGGGAAACCUCCACCGACCAAACUCUGGUGAAUCUGGCGAGUUCUGUCAUUUUGGAGUUUUUAUUUUCUAUUCCACGUUAAAACACUUUCACAGAUAUUCCAGCUGUUGUGGCCGGUGGAUGAAAACAAGUUUCCUUCCUUGUUUGUGUCUGCUCGCUCAUUGUUCAUUUUGAGUAAUUUUUUUGUAUUUUUUGGGGGUUAAAAAUGGGACUUCUUGGUUAAAACCACUGAAAGUUUCUCUGCAGUGAAGGUCGACUCACAUCAGAAGGGAAUUAAGGGACCAAUUUCUUGCUUCCUCGUGUUGGGUUAUGUACACUGUUCCUAAAAUAUGAAGUGCUUUUUACGGUCGCGGCUCUCAUUCGCUCAUGUUUUGUUUUGCAAUAUUAUUUUGUUUUUGUUCAUACUACUGUCAGCUCCCGUCUCCCCAGGAGGAUUUUGCACAUUGUAAAGAUGAAAUGGAUGUAAUCAUAGUUCACUGUGGCUUUAGACUGUGUACAGUUAAACUAUGGACUGUAAAAUGUACGGGAAAAUUCCUAUGGAAAAAAACUGAAUCACUUGAAGAGCCUGUCAAAAGGUUAUUGUGCAUGCCCAGGUUCUUUUGAGACUAUAAGUGUGUAAAUUUUACUUUUAGUGUACACAAGAAAUUAAAAUAGUUAUCUUCUC